UCGCCCCCACGUGACGGCGGCGGGGCGGCGGGGCGGCGGCGGCGGCGGGGUGCGCGCGCCCGGGAUGGAGGUCGAGCCCCGCGGGGGGCGCGCGGAGAGCAGGAAGGAGCACUGGAAGCUGCUGGGCAACCUGAAGACCACAGUGGAAGGGUUGGUGUCCACCAGCAACCCCAACGUCUGGUCCAAGUAUGGCGGCUUGGAGCGGCUCUGCAGAGACAUGCACAGCAUCCUCUACCACGGGCUCAUCCACGACAAGGUGUGCUGCAGGCAGAAGGAUUACUGGCAGUUCGUGAAAGACAUUCGCCGGCUGAGUCCCAGCUCUGCUCAUCACCUGGAGAAGUUCAUCAGCCUGCACGAGAACGGCCAGCCCGGCCCAGACGGCCGCAGCGACCAAGCUAUUGCCAAGCUGUGGCUGCAGCACAGCCUGCAGUUCCACUGCCUCUCGGCGCAGCUCAGACCUCUCCUGGGGAACAGGCAGUACAUAAGGAAAUUUUACACAGACACUGCCUUCCUGCUCAGUGACGCCCACGUCACAGCCAUGCUGCAGUGCCUGGAGGCUGUCGAGCAGAACAACCCCAGGCUGCUGGCUCAGAUUGACACGUCCAUGCUGGCCGGCACGUCACUGCCAUCCCUGUGCGCGUCAGGUCCCUCUGCUGGGACAAGAGAUACACGUGACUGUGACGCUGAAGGACACCAGAGCCGCUUGCCUGGGGCGCUGGGCUGCCUGGAUCAUCUUGCUGAGAGCCUGCUCACCAGGAGGGGUGAAGGUCCUUCUCCGGUGACAAAGAGCCAGAGCCUGACUGCCCUCCCCGGGUCCCUGUAUGCCCCAUCUGCAGGCUGCACGCAGCAGCGCCACUGCGGGUCCUUCUCCAGCCUGCCCCAUCCAGCCUCGUCUGGCCUGCCAGACAGGAGACCAACAAGCUCCUCCGUCUGCUCCAGCACCAGCCAGCCCCAGGAACGCUGCCCAGCCACCCGGUCCUCCUCCUUCAGCGAGGGCAGGACCUCCCUGGAGCAGCCCAGCUCCCGCGUCCCCUCACCCAAGGACCCCUUCUCUCCAGCCAGCGAGAUGAGCUCCAGCACCACCAGCCAGAGCGAGGACACUUGGACGGGGAGCCAGGACGAUGCGCAGAGCGACGCGAACGAUGGGCCAGAGUACCUGGCCAUCGGCAACUUGGGGCGUCGGGGCCGGGCCUGCAGCAGCGCCAGCACCAGCAGCAACAAGAGCAGCAGCUCCAACCUCUUCUCCUCCAGCAGCUCCCAGAAGCUGGACUCGGUCUCCUCCCUGGGGGAGCAGGGGGCGAGCGGAGGUGGGAGCUGGGGCCUGGGCCUGUUGCGGCGGUCCAGCUUCUCGGAGGGGCAGUCGUCAGCCCCGCAGGGCAUCCUCAAGAAGAGCCACGUGCGCUCGCACUCUGACACCAAUGUGGCCUCGGGGAAAUUGCAUGGAGGCCUCAGGGAUAUCACCAUUAUAAUAGAAGAUCCAGUGGCAGAGUCCCAUGGUGACACGGGCAGAGGCAGAGGGACAGUGUCUGGUUCCACCCAGAGCAGCGAACUGAGCACACCCAGCUCCCUCUACAUGGAGUAUGACUCUGGCCAGUACCUGAGCUCGGGGGAAGGGAUGUUCAGAAGACCCUCGGAAGGGCAGUCCCUCAUCAGCUACCUCUCUGAGCAGGACUUCGGCAGCUGCGCAGACCUGGAGAAGGAGAAUGCCCACUUCAGCAUCUCAGAGUCACUGAUCGCUGCCAUCGAGCUGAUGAAAUGCAACAUGAUGAGCCGGCAGCUGGAGGAGGAGGAGGAAGACAGCGACAAGGAGAUCCAGGAGCUGAAACAAAAGAUUCGCAUUAGGCGCCAGCAGAUCCGUACCAAGCACCUGUUCCCUGCCUGCCAGGAGAUGGGCUCAGACAGCCUUGUGGCGACAGACAGCGAGUCCCAGUUCAGCUCCCGCGGCUCCAUGCGCCUGUCUGAUUCUGGCUCUGCGGAGGAUGUGGAAGAGUACGAGAUACAAGAUGCAGACAUCAAGAGGAAUCCAGACUCCAGCAGGAAAUCCUUUCUCUCCUCAGAGUCCAUAUCCCACUCCUUCAGCAAUUCAAACUCAGCAGAAGCCGUUGCCAUGGGCUUGCUGAAGCAGUUUGAGGGCAUGCAGCUGCCGGCUGCCUCCGAACUGGAAUGGCUCGUCCCCGAGCACGAUGCUCCACAGAAGCUCCUGCCCAUCCCUGACUCUCUGCCCAUCUCUCCCGACGAUGGAGAACACGCCGACAUCUACAAGCUGAGGAUUCGGGUGCGAGGAAACCUGGAGUGGGCCCCCCCACGACCACAGAUCAUCUUCAACGUUCACCCAGCCCCAACGAGGAAGGUGGCUGUGGCCAAGCAGAAUUACCGCUGUGCGGGCUGUGGCAUCCGGACUGAUCCUGAUUACAUCAAGCGGAUGCGGUACUGUGAGUACCUGGGGAAGUAUUUCUGCCAGUGCUGCCACGAGAAUGCCCAGAUGGUCAUCCCCAGCCGCAUCCUGCGCAAGUGGGACUUCAGCAAGUACUACGUGAGCAACUUCUCCAAAGACCUGCUGAGCAAGAUCUGGAGUGACCCACUCUUCAACGUGCAGGAUAUCAAUCCUGCCCUGUACCGGAAAGUGAAGUCUCUCAACCAAGUGUGGAUGCUGCGAAUCCAGCUUUUCCACAUGAAGAACAUGUUUAAGACCUGCCGCCUAGCUAAAGACCUCCUAGACGCCUUUGAUGCAGUGCCCGGCCACUUGACGGAGGAUUUGCACCUCUACUCCCUGAGUGACCUCAGCGCCACAAAGAGGGGGGACCUGGUGCCUCGCCUGACGGAACUGCUGAAGGCAGGCAGCCUGCACGUUGAGAAAUGCAUGCUGUGCCAAGCUAAAGGUUUCAUCUGCGAGUUCUGCCAGAAUGAAGACGACAUCAUCUUCCCCUUUGAGCUCAGCAAGUGCAGGACGUGUGAAGAGUGCAAAGCCUGCUACCACAAGUCCUGCUUCAAGUCCACCCACUGUCCCCGCUGUGAGCGACUCCAAGCCCGGCGGGAGCUGCUGGCCAAGCAGAGCAUGGAGUCCUACGUCUCGGACUAUGAGGACGAGUUGGAGCAGCAGGAGGCAGCAGCAGCCACAUGAGCAUACUGCAGCAGAGGAGCAGGUAGCGGGUUUAUUUAUACCUGUGGCCUUCAUCACCAGAGACUGAGCCAAGCGGACUUGUGAUGAGGAGGACCGCUGGGACACUUGUCAUGCAGGGUGCUUGGAGCACUGGCUCAAAGGGAGCUGUUUUCCCCACGCAGCAGUGCUGGGGAAUGAACAUUUUCUAUAGUCUAAGUCUGCUCCAGGCACCAGUCACCCCCCCGACGCCUUGGCUUGGGGAAAGGCAGCCUCCCCAUCUGUCCUGCAGGCUGAACAUGGACCUUUACCAGGCAGUCGCUCACGGGCCAGGCUGCUGCCUUCCCCUUUGGGAACUGCUGGGCCAGGCAGGGCUGCAAGGCCUGUCCCAAUCCCCUCCUCCCUGGGAGGCCCCCCAGUGGGGUCAGCACUUUCUGCUCAGCAGCUGGACACUGGAAGCCCUGACCACGUCCCCUCCUGGGAGGCAGGAAUCAUCUCUGAGUCUUCCCAGGCUUGUCUUGCUGCUGGUGUGUUUUUGGAGGGAGGGUAGGGGUUUGGGGCUGAACGGGACAUUUAGCAGCUCCCUUUUUCACAUCUGGACUGGAACUAUUGCCAGAAACCUAUUUCUCUUCCUCCAGGAUCGGAACAGAGGAGGUAGCAAUGGUAAAAAUGUGGUGUCUGCUCCCCUCGCCACCGCAGAGGCAGCACCCAGGGGGCAGCGAGGAGGUGCAGCCAUCCAAGGGGACCCGUGCUGCUGGGCAUUGCAUGGGAGAUCUCAUGGCAGGAGAGUGCAGCAAGUGAGGCUCCAAACCUCACUUCUCCCUCAUGCCGCUGGUCUGUUCUUGGGCAUGUCUCCUCCUCUAAGGGUGACGUGGGACCUCACCCUGUCACCUUGGGAUUCAUGUGAAGGCUCUUGCUCAGCCCUCCGGGCGCCUCCCCCCAGCCUCUGUCACAGUUUGGUCUUUUAGGUUGGGCUUUUUUUUUUUUUUUUUUAAUUGGCUGGAUUUGGUUUUACUUUUUUAAUGCAGUUGUUUGUAUUUUUAACUGUUUGCUCCCCACCUCCCAAGAAGGUGCUGCUGGAGAUGUUCCUACGUGAGGGGAUAUAAAACCUCCAGAGCUCCCCUGCUCCUGGUACCUCACCCCUGACCGGGGCUGGCAGCUGCCAGGUGUCCCCUCUCCCAUCAGACCUGCUCCCCUUGGGAGAGGGGUCACCAAGCCAGGCAGAGCCUCCAGGGAGAAGCUGGACAGGUUGCUCCCACCGGGGUGCACUUUUUUGGGAGAGGGGUUGGCACUGGGGGUGCUGCAGGGUGCGGCUGCAUCCAGGGGAUGCUUUGUCCCAGGGUAUGGGCAGCGUCCAGCACCAAGGUAGCACUGGGGGCCUGAGCCCACCCAGCUUGGCAGUCAGGUGGUGGGAAGGAUGAAGGGUGUUGAGGGGCAGGGAACACCAGCUUUCAGCCUGCCCUGAGGCUGGGAUGUCACCUCUUACGGGCUGCCCCUGACAGCAGGGUC